CUUGGCGACCCGAUCAGGAUCGGGGGCUGGGAUUGGGCGAUGAGGCUGACGUGCACGCGACUCACCAGCCACGGCAGCCUCAUGACAUAACUCCCCCAGGAUCACUGCUCCUCCCUCCUUGUCCUCUGAUAAGUUAUGCCUCCGCGAGGUACCUUCCUUGCAAACACCCCGCCCUCUGUACCACCACCUCGCCCCCAGCCCGCUCGGUUCUGCCCCCCGCUUCUCGCGAUCGCCCCGGCGACGAUCUGGGCUUGUUAUAUUACUAGUUUUAGGGCACAUUCGCGCGCUUCAAAUGGUCCGCUGGGGUCUGCGCCUCGCCUUCCCGCUGCAGAAGAGUCCUGCCACCGGUUCGGCGUCCGCGUUGGAGGUGCGGUGUAAUAGCGAUGGAAAGGAAGAGGAGGAGGAGGAGGAGGUUGUGUAUAGGAUGUACAAGAGGCGAUGGGUGGGGGUUCUUGCUAUCUUUAUUCUGAACAUAGUCGCGGGGAUGUCGUUGGUGUGGUUCGGGCCCAUAGCGGAUGACACCGUGAAUGAGUUUGGGUACACCCUCGAUGAGGUCAACUGGCUCGGCAACUGCGUCAACUUCACGUAUCUCCCCUGCGCGGCGGUCGUGCCGUGGUUGUAUUCGAAGCUUGGUUUGCGGCGGACUUGCUACAUCGGUGCGCUCCUCCUCCUCAUGUCGGCAUGGAUCCGGUACGCAGGCACGGCAGACGGCCUCUCGUCGGGCGGGAGUUACGCAUUGAUACUGAUCGGCCAGAUCCUCUCCGGCGUCGUCCAGCCGAUCUUCCAGGUGCUCAUACCCGGGUACUCGGAGAAGUGGUUCGACCUGCGCCAGCGCACGACCGCGACGAUGCUCAUGUCGAUCGCGAACCCGAUCGGCGUAGCCAUAGGCCAGCUCAUCUCUCCGCUGGUAGGCUCCCCGAAAGCCGGCCUCCUUAUUUUCGCAAUUAUUUAUAGCGCCUCUACGCCUUUCGUCCUGCUCGUCUCUGACACACCGCCGACCCCGCCCACGCGCGCCGCGGCGCAGCGCAACCCGUCUUUCAUGAGUCUUGUACGCGCGAUGGUCGGACGUGAGCCGGCUAGCAAGCCGACGUACAUGAGCGUGAGGCAGAGGGUUGACUUCGUGCUCAUGGCGUUUGUAUUUGGUGUGCUAGUCGCUGCAAUCAGCGCCUUCUCGAUAUUGAGCGCGCAAGACCUGGAGCCGUACGGAUACUCGGACGACCUCUCCGGCUUGAUGGGCGCGACGCUCUUGCUUGUGGGCAUCGUCGUGACCGCGGUGGCCGCGCCGCUCUUCGACCGCGUAUUCACGCACCACCUCGCGCUCACGAUCAAGGUGCUCUGUCCGGUCCUGGGCGGGGCGUGGCUCGCGUCGAUCUGGGCUGUGCGCGCGGGCGACACGGGCGGGCUGUUCGCGCUGAUGGCGAUCAUCGGCGCGACGAGCCUGACGAUGCUCCCCGUCGCGGUCGAGCUUGCGGUCGAGAUCACGCACAACCCGGACGGGAGCUCCGCGAUCCUGUGGGCGUCCGCGAACCUCCUCAGCAUCAUCUUCGUGCUCGCGGAGGGCGCGCUGCGCGCGGGCCCCGACGCGGACCCGCCGAACAACAUGCAUGGCGCGAUCAUCUUCCAGGGCGUGUUUGUGCUCGCAGCUGCGGCGAUUAUCUUGCUCCUCCAGGGCAAGCAGACGCGGCGCGCAGCGGACGAGCAGGCGCAGCAGCGCGGGCUCGCGCACGAGGUCGAGGCGCCCCGCUCGCCGCGCCCCCACUCCGAGGAGUCGCUCGGGGCCGUGGAUGAGAAGGGGAAGGGCGACCUGGACAGGCCGAGGAGCCCCGUGACCGUACGCGCAGUGAGCGUGGACUCGGGCGGGAGCGACUCGGACACGACGAUACAGGAGGUGGGGGCGUCUGGUAACUUAUUGUAUGCUUGACUGCGGAUGGAUCGGGGUGCGCAGAGCGUUGCUGUAGUAUAUUCGUAGCGGUAAAUGUGUAUUAUGGAACGGUCUGGUACUAUUCGCUGCCGACUGUGGUAGGGCCGUGACGCGGGUAUGUGUAUGUAUCAGGCCUUAGUAGGUACUUAUUUAGCAGUGGAUCUGGACGGAGGUACCUUCACCGUAUGGAGUUACUUACGCCAA